UCCUAAAAACUCCCCGUCCUCAAAAGUUCUUUUCAAGAUUUCAUUUUUCUAUUUCCUAUAUUUCUUCUUUCAAGUAACUGUGAGUUGUGCGAGUAAGAGAGAAAAUGGAAGAAAUGGCUUCUUUGUGGUGUUACCAGGAGACCAUGGAUGAAAUGAGACAGAAGUUUCUUUACACAAGUCUUGAACUUGAAAAGUUGAAGGUGCAAAUGAGUGAAAAAAUGAUGAAGAACAAAGAAUAUGUGAAGCAAUUGAUCCAACUAUUAAAAAUGGUUUGUCAAGAAAGAGAUGAAGCAAGAGAUCAGCUUCAGAAACUACUCAACAAACUUGAUAAUCCUCUUGUGAAGGCUACAAAAGCAAAUUCAAGCAUAACUGAAUCAAACAGCCUAUCUGAAACAUACAAUUAUCAGUCACACUAUUCAUCACCCGUCGAGUCUUUUUUCGAUGCAGUUUCAUCCCCUGAGUUUUCCAACAUCAACAUGGCUGAUUCUAAUCCAGUAACGUAUGUUAACCAGCCUUUGGCUAAUGACAAUUAUGUCCCUCAACUGGCUCCAAAAGUUGAUAAUGCCACAUUGGUUAUUGACAGUUAUGUGAAAGGGAAAACUUUGCCACAACAAGGGAAACUAUUGAAGGCUGUCCUUGAAGCAGGGCCACUUCUGCAGACACUUCUAGUUUCAGGACAACUUCCUCAAUGGCGCAAUCCGCCUCAGCUUAAGUCGUUUAAUAUUCCACCAGUUUCCAUUAAAGGGUGUCAAUCUGAGAUCUCAAAUCAGAAUCUUGGUGCAAAUUUGAGCUACAUUUCUUCAAGAUCAUUUCAUUCUCAACCAUAUUUUGACAUGUCAUGUGGAUCUCCACAAAUGUUGUCGACGCCUAUGCUAAACUUUGGUAAUUCUGCUGGUGCAAAUAUCGGCAGUUCUGUCCACCUCGGAAAGAGACAACGGUUGCAGUAAGACAAGUUGAAAGAUGGAUGGCUAUAUUUCAAAUUUUUGUACAAAGCAUUUUUCCGGGUUUUGUAAAUGGGAUAUUUUGAGUUUUGAGUUUCA